AUGUCAUUCCUCACAGGGCGGGCACUGCAUUGGGCCAUUACGGCUACUGCUGGUAGCGGCUUUCUGCUAUUCGGUUAUGAUCAGGGUGUUAUGUCCGGUCUCUUGACUGGUGAUGCAUUUACCGCAAGAUUUCCCGAGAUCGACACCACGUCCACGGGUCAUGGAAGCUCAUCUUUACAAGGAACAGUUGUUGCUAUCUACGAGAUUGGCUGCUUCGUGGGAGCAAUCAUCUCCUUAAUUUUGGGUGAAAAACUUGGUCGACGCAAGUGUAUCUUGGCUGGAUGCGUUAUUCUGAGUAUUGGUGCUGCUAUUCAGUGCAGUGCAUAUGGAAUCGCUCAACUGAUUGUUGGGCGAAUUAUUGCGGGAGUUGGCAAUGGUCUCAACACGAGUACUAUCCCUGUCUGGCAUUCGGAAUUGAGCAAGGCUGCAAGUCGUGGUAAAGGACUGGCUAUCGAACUGGCAAUUAACAUUUUCGGUGUCAUGAUGUCCUACUGGGUUGACUAUGGCUUCAGUUUUGUUGAGAGCGAAGUCCAAUUCCGCUUCCCAAUUGCCCUGCAGAUUCUCUUUGCUAUUCUGACCUUUUUUGGGGUUAUGUUUCUCCCUGAAUCUCCUCGCUGGCUCCUCAAGCACGGUGACGAAGAUAAAGCCCGCCAUAUCAUCUGGAGACUCCAGGAUAACGCCAAGGAAAUCGAUGAAAAUGACGCCGUUGUCGGCAUCGACGUCAGAGAAAUCUCGCAAGCAAUUAGAGAAGAGACGGAGGCUUCGGCUGAAGGCUCAUUCAAGCUCAUCUUCAAGAACGGCGACCAGAAAUUCUUGCAUCGGACCCUGUUGGGCAUGGGCGGACAGAUGAUGCAACAAAUUUCGGGAAUUAACUUGAUUACUUACUAUGCAACCGAAAUUUUCGAAAACUCUGUGGGAAUGUCCCAUAAUACGGCCUUGCUACUGUCAGGGUUCAACGGCGUUGCCUACUUUAUCUCCUCAUUGGUCCCUAUUUGGGUUAUUGAUCGGCUUGGUCGGCGAAAACUGAUGAUGUUCGCGGUGGUUGGACAGGGUUGUUGUAUGGCUAUCUUAGCAGGCACUGUCUGGGACGGUGGCCAUGCAGCAGGUCUUGUUGCAACAGUGAUGCUAUUCAUGUUCAACUUCUUCUUCGCUGUUGGACUUCUAGCUAUUCCAUGGCUCUUGCCCGCCGAAUAUUCACCCCUUGCUAUCCGAACCCAAUCGGCAGCUCUUGCGACCGCAACUAAUUGGAUCUGUACAUUCCUGGUCGUUGAGAUUACUCCCGUCAGUAUCGCAAACAUUGGAUAUCGGACUUACAUCUACUUUGCCGUCUUUAACUUCUGCUUCCUCCCUCUUAUCUACUUCUUCUACCCGGAGACGCGCAAUCUCACCCUGGAACAGAUCGACAAGCUCUUCACCGGCGAAAAGGUCAAGCUUUACUGGAACCCAUCUAUGGGUAUGGCUGGCGAUGUAGAUGCUCGCAUCGCCUACGGCAAGGAGACGGAGGCUGCGGUUGAAGAAGCGCAACAUGUUGAGUAA